CAUCAACACCUGCGACAGCAUCCUCAACCUCACCGUCGCGUUACGUCCUGCAUCAGCGAAUCGCCCGCUGAUCCUUCUCCUCCUGUAGCUACCGCUUCGCGAAGCCCUUCCCACCGCACAGCUGCCACUUCAUUGUUCGGCAGCCUAGUUUGCGACGCGCGCAACCCAGCCACACCGCACGACCACCAAUCUCUAAUCACCAUGUCUCACGAGGAGGAUCUCAUCGACUACUCCGACGAGGAGAUCCAGCCAACCGAGGCGCCCGCCAAUGGCGCCGCCGCCGCAGCUAAGGGUGGCCUGACAGCUGGCGAGGCUGCCGGCGACAAGAAGGGCAGCUAUGUCGGCAUCCACUCGACCGGUUUCCGCGACUUUCUCCUGAAGGACGAGCUCGUGCGAGCAAUCACGGACUGUGGCUUCGAACAUCCUUCCGAGGUCCAGCAAGUCACCAUUCCCCAGGCCAUUCUUGGUAACGACGUGCUUUGCCAAGCCAAAUCCGGUCUCGGUAAGACAGCCGUCUUCGUCCUUGCUACCCUGCAGCAGAUGGAUGAGAAGCCCGAGCCUGGCGUUGCCACAAUCCUUGUCAUGUGUCACACUCGUGAGCUGGCUUACCAGAUCAGGAAUGAGUACAACCGUUUCGCCAAGUUCCUGCCCGAUGUCAAGGUCGGUGUCUUCUACGGUGGAACUCCCGUUCAGAAGGACAUCGAGCUCCUCAGCAACAAGGACACUCACCCCCACAUCAUCGUCGGUACACCCGGUCGUAUCAACGCUCUCGUCCGCGAUAGGCACCUCCGUCUCUCCAACUUGAAGCACUUCGUCCUCGAUGAGUGUGACAAGAUGCUGGAUCAGCCUGAUAUGCGCAACGAUGUGCAGGCCAUCUUCCGCGCAACUCCCGCCCACAAGCAGGUAAUGAUGUUUUCGGCCACACUGGCGAAGGAGAUUCGUGAGACUUGCAAGAAGUUCAUGCAGAACCCUCUUGAAAUCUACGUUGACGACGAGAAGAAAUUGACACUUCACGGUCUGCAGCAGUACUUCAUGAAGCUCGAUGAGCGCGAGAAGAACAGGAAGCUCAACGAUCUCCUCGACGAGCUGGAGUUCAACCAGGUCAUCAUCUUCGUUCGCUCUACUCUGCGAUGCACAGAGCUGGACAAGCUCCUGCGCGAGUGCAAUUUCCCCAGCACUGCGGUCCAUUCCGGUAUUGACCAGGCUGAGCGUAUCAAGCGCUACAAGGAGUUCAAGGACUUCAAGACCCGUAUUUGCGUGUCUACUGAUAUCUUCGGACGUGGUAUCGAUGUUGAGCGUAUCAACGUCGCCAUCAACUACGACAUGCCCGACAAGGCCGACUCCUACCUCCACCGUGUCGGUCGUGCCGGUCGUUUCGGAACCAAGGGUCUCAGUAUCUCCUUCAUCAGCAGCCCUGAAGACGAGGCUGUCUUGAAGUCGAUUGAGGAACGCUUCGAGGUCUCUCUUCCUGAGUUCCCCGAGAAGGGCGUUGAUGCUAGCACCUACAUGGAUAACUAAGCUUUUGCUGUGGACUGUCGUGAAUACCCGUACAAAAGUCAAAUUUCAGACUAUGACUUUGGGGAGGAGGUUCGACUCGUCUUACUCCAAAACUAGUGAGCAUGGCGCAGGUGGCUUUAGCUUCUUAUGAUCUUGUACUUUAGCUAGGGCUGGGCCAAAAUGAAAAGUAAAUUGACAGGCAUUUGUUCUCGGUUAU